GGUCACGUGCGCCGCCGCCCGGCUUCCGUAGCGUGAGCCUGCCGGAGCCGGCGCGUACAUGCGUGCGUGUGCGCGGCGACCGGCGCCCCGGCGCUCGCCCCGCCCCCGAGAUGACGCCGUGCGUGCGCGCGCCCGGUCCGCGCCUCCGCCGCUUUUUAUAGCGGCCGCGGGCGGCGGCGGCGGCGGUUGGAGGUUGUAGGACCGGCGAGGAAUAGGAAUCAUGGCGGCUGCGCUGUUCGUGCUGCUGGGAUUCGCGCUGCUGGGCACCCACGGAGCCUCCGGGGCUGCCGGCACAGUCUUCACUACCGUAGAAGACCUUGGCUCCAAGAUACUCCUCACCUGCUACAUGAAUGACAGCGCCACAGAGGUCACCGGGCACCGCUGGCUGAAGGGGGGCGUGGUGCUGGAGGAGGACGCGCUGCCCGGCCAGAAAACGGAGUUCAAGGUGGACUCGGACGACCAGUGGGGAGAGUACUCCUGCGUCUUCCUCCCGGAGCCCAUGGGCACGGCCAACAUCCAGCUCCACGGGCCUCCCAGAGUGAAGGCUGUGAAGUCGUCAGAACACAUCAACGAGGGGGAGACGGCCGUGCUGGUCUGCAAGUCAGAGUCCGUGCCACCCGUCACCGACUGGGCCUGGUACAAGAUCACUGACUCUGGGGACAAGGCCCUCAUGAACGGCUCCGAGAGCAGGUUCUUCGUGAGUUCCUUGCAGGGCCGGUCAGAGCUACACAUUGAGAACCUGAACAUGGAGGCCGACCCCGGCCAGUACCGGUGCAACGGCAACAGCUCCGAGGGCUCUGACCAGGCCGUCAUCACGCUCCGCGUGCGCAGCCACCUGGCCGCCCUCUGGCCCUUCCUGGGCAUCGUGGCUGAGGUGCUGGUGCUGGUCACCAUCAUCUUCAUCUACGAGAAGCGCCGGAAGCCCGAGGACGUCCUGGAUGAUGACGACGCCGGCUCUGCACCCCUGAAGAGCAGCGGGCAGCACCAGAACGACAAAGGCAAGAACGUCCGCCAGAGGAACUCCUCCUGAGCCAGGUGGCCCAAGGACGCUCCCUGCUCCGCGUCUGCGCCGCCACCGGAGUCCACUCCCAGUGCUUGCAAGAUUCCAAGUUCUCACCUCUUAAAGAAAACCCACCCCGUAGAUUCCCAUCAUACACUUUCUUCUUUUUUAAAAAAGUUGGGUUUUCUCCAUUCAGGAUUCUGUUCCUUAGGUUUUUUCCUUCUGAAGUGUUUCACGAGAGCCCGGGAGCUGCUGCACUGCGGCCCCGUCUGUGGCUUUCAGCCUCUGGGUCUGAGUCAUGGCCGGGUGGGCGGCGCAGCCUUCUCCACUGGCCGGAGUCAGUGCCAGGUCCCUGCCCUUUGUGGAAGGUCACAGGUCACACGAGGGGCCCCAUGUCCCGCCUGUCUGAAGCCAACGCUGUCUGGUUGCACCAUUUUUGCGCUUUUAUGUUUAAUUUUAUGAAGGCCACGGGUCUGUGUUUGACUCAGCCUCAGGGACGACUCUGACCUCUUGGCCACAGAGGACUCACGUGCCCACACCGAGGGCGACCCCGUCACAGCCUCAAGUAACUCCCAAGCCCCCUCCUUGUCUGUGCAUCCGGGGGCAGCUCUGGAGGGGGUUUGCUGGGGAACUGGCGCCAUCGCCGGGACUCCAGAACCGCAGAAGCCUCCCCAGCUCACCCCUGGAGGACGGCCGGCUCUCCAUAGCACCAGGGCUCGCGUGGGAACCCCCCUCCCACCCACCGCCACAAUAAAGAUCGCCCCCACCUCCACCCUCA